AGAUAGAAGAAGAAGCUGGGAACUUGGUCGGAAUAAAACUCUAGAGAAAGCGAUUGGUAGUUAUUCUCUACCCUGUUCAUCAGAAUUCUAAUAUAAAUAUCACUCAUCAUAUCAUUGAUUCAACACCCAGAGUCUCUUUCUUUCUCUAUUUCCCCUGACAAUUCUUUUUUUGAUCUGAAGACAAUCAAGACCAUGAUGGAUUCUCAAUUUUUCCAGCCUUCAUGGCCAUUCUACAAUAUCAUAAAUUCAAAUCUUGAUCUUGAUCAGGUUGAGUGCUUUGAUGGUCUCAUGGACAUGGAUGCUCAUGCUCAUGUUGAUGCCUGUGAAUUCUCUUCAUUUUCCACCCCAGAGGAUAAUAACUCUGAUAUUUCUUCAUUCCCCUGUUUUUCUACCAUGUUCCAAACUCAAUUUUCCCAAUCUCCUCUGUUUUCAGGUGAUGAUCACUUGCAGACCAUGUUAUCAGUGGAGGAUUUUUUUAAUGAACCUAAUGUGUGUGGAGAUAUGGGGUUUGUAUUGAGCGAUAGUGAAGGAAGUUUUCCUUCACAGGAGGUGUCUAAUGAAGGGAAUGGAUGGAGUCCAAGCCCUUCAAUUAAGUCCGAUGAAUCAUCAUCCUCAUUGACCUUGCCAGGGGAAGAAUCGGAGCUUAAUAGCCUAUUGAGUGUCCGUCACCUCCUCAAGGCUUAUGGAGAGGCCAUGGAAAAGGGACAGAGUGAUCUUGCUGAUGUGAUUAUGAGAUGUGUGAGCGAGAAAGUUAGCUUGGCUGGUGAACCCUUAUUGCGCCUAGCAUUCAACCUGUCCCAGGAUCUCGAUAAGCAUGGGAAUUAUCUAAAACAAGAGUCUUCCAAGAACUUUGAGGCAGCUUUCAGGGCAUUCUACCAAAUAUUCCCAUAUGGGAGAUUUGCUCACUUUGCUGCUAAUUCAGCAAUUCUUGAAGCUAUGCCUGUUGAUACUGAGACGAUACAUAUAGUGGAUUUCGACAUGGGGGAAGGUAUCCAGUGGCCUCCGAUGCUUGAGGCCUUGGCAAGGCUACAAAAGGGAGUGAAAUUGACAACAAUAAAAUGGGAAAAUGAGGAUUGCGAUCGAGCUCCUCUAAUGUGGAGUUUCGAAGAGGCAAAAAGGAGACUACUCGAUCAUGCAAGAGGGUUUGGUCUAAUGUUGAAGGUGGAAGAGAUGGCAAUUGAGCAUCUAGUGAGUGAGAUCAAGAGAAGAAAGAAAAGAGGUAAUAGAAAAGAAUUUUUAGUAUUUAAUUGCAUGAUGGGACUUCCACACAUGGGAAGAAUAAGAAGCAGAAAGGCAGUGGAAGAAUUUCUAAGGGUAGCCAAAGAAUCGAUGGCGAAUUCUGUCAACAAGGGUAUCAUAACUAUUGGAGAUGGAGAUUCUUGGGAAAAUUUGAACAAUUUCUCAGGAUUUGGGUCGUUUUUUGAAGGGAAUAUGGUGCACUACCAAGCCCUUCUUGAAUCAAUAGAGUCAGAAUUCCCAGUUCAUCUUGCAGAGGCUAGAAUGGCUUUGGAAUGUCUCUUUGUGGCCCCUUGUAUCUCUUCCGAGGUUUGGUUGGAAAAGUGGAUGGAAAUAAAAGAAUGCUGCAAUGUUGAGAUGGGAAGUAGCCUGGAAGGAUGGAGAAUAAGCAGAGAAAGCAUGGAAGAAGCUAGAGAAAUGGUGAAAGGAAAUGAAAACUCCUACGGUUUGAAAAUUGGAGGACAGUGGAAAAACGAGAUGAUUUUGGAGUGGAAAGGAAACCCGUUAGUGAGAGUUUCUGCAUGGAAAAACUAAUUAAGAAGAGAUUAGCUCAAGUAUUCUUUCUUCUUUAAGUAAAUAUGUGUGAUAGACAGACUAUACUACAUUUGUUGUAUAUUGUAUAGAUUUAACUGUGCAUACAAAGAGCUCUGUAGGACGGUUUUAAUAAUACAAGGCAUGUUAAUUUGCCAAAUCUAACAUGUAGAUUAUCUUGUUAAGUUUCUUUUAAUUAGUAAAUAUGGAACUUCUUCU